CUUUAACUUCUCCAAAAUUCAGGCUACGCUUUGAUGCCUCAAUGAAACAAUCAUCCUAAUUCUCCGAUUUCAAUCAACACAACCCUCCUUUCCUAAAUCAAAGUGCGCUCCCGCGCCCAUACCCUCACCAUGGCAGCAACCCCGACGCCCUCCACCCACACGCCCCAAAAGCACCUCCCGGCCUUCUCCUCCCCCGCGCCCCGCAGCGUCCCCGCAACCAUGAACUUCGACUCGCCCGCCGCGCUGGGCCUCAUGACCGAAGGCGGCGUCGGCAUGGGCAUCAGCAUGAGCGGCAUGGGCAUCAGCAGCCUGGGACUCACGGCGAGCGCAAUGGGGCGCGCGGACGAGGAGGAGCGGCGGCGGAGGCUGGAGGGCAUUAUUGGGACGUUGAAGGCGAGGCCGGGGCGUGUGAGUCCGAGGGGGAUAUUGGAGCUGUGUAGGAGGGAAGGGUUGGAGGUGGAGCAGGAGAAGGCGGCGUUGGUGUUGAUGAUUGGGACCGAGGGGAUGUGCGAGAUUCCAGUGCGCAAUGGCGAGAUCGUUGCGGACGGCGUGACGUUGGAGCUCACGCACGACCGGCACGACUACGCGGCCACUGCUUCGCGGGUACUCGGCGAUAGUCUAAAGCCCAUACCCGGACUCCCCGAAGUAAAUCUCACACUGGAGCGAUUCUCGCAGAAUCUGGAGAAGCUGCUACGCAUGGACAAGCUGAGCAGUCCGCAAAAUGGCGGAGUCAGCUGCUACCAGGCCAUAUUCGGGGUCUACGCGAGCUUGAAGAAGCUGUUUGAUCACGAGAAGAAGAUGGCACUGGCAUUGCUGGAUGCAAACGAUCCACUUGCGGACUACAAGGCUGAGCGGGACGUGUUGUGCAAGAAGAGCGGGCGCCCCCGACUGAAUGCCGGGAACUGUCUAGGUCUCUCAUUAGAGUACUGGAUGGACCGACGGCAUCUCUUCAAGAAAGACGAUGCACCGCACCCACCACCCUCAGAAGCGGCAAAACGGGACCAAAUGGAAGUCGACCGAGCGACAUCAACCACCUCCUACUACCCCGAAGACAAGGACCCCUCGACUCACAAAAUCUACUCCCUAACCAUCGAAUGCGAAUCCUGCCCUUCCUCCAUGUACCCGCCGAUCCGCAUCUCGGACGCCUGGAUCUCCGACGCCAUUGAGAAACCGCCCUCGGCAACAUCCCCGGACAUCAACACGCUGCUGCUCAACCGCCCCGCGCUCGACUGGCUCGACCCCCCACCGACAUAUCUUCCCUCCCCGACCUCUGCAGCCUCGGGCGGCGCAAGCGGAACUGCAGCAGCCCAAGAAGACUCCAUGGCCCUGGACAACGCACCGGGGCGUCUACCCAACAUCCGCUUCGUAGCCAAAUUCAACCCUCCGCUCGUCGUCCCUUUAUCCGUCUUCGUCUCCAUCCAGCAACAACUCCACCUCGACGUGCCGACCGACAUCCGCGCGACCACAUUCACAGGCCUGGCGCUCCGACCGGGAGAAGUGGAUCCCGGGAUGAGCGGCACGGGGACGUCGAGCGUGACUACGUCUGAAACGAAUGUCCUAGUGGUGGUGGAUAGGGCGACAGGCAAGGAGGAGGUGAGGACGCACCGGAAUGCGCUGCAUGUGCCGAGGACCGAGUACGCGCGGACGAUGGAGCAGGUGGCGUUUAGCCAUCCGCGGCAGCUGGUGGAGAUGUUGCCGACGCUGAGGCAGUAUGCGUUUGUGACGGGGUUGAUGGUGGGGACGUUGGUGUCGGAGCCGCCUUUGUCCCCGGGGAGGGAGAGACGGGGAAGGGAUGGAGAGGUGGGAGAGGAGGAGAUGGGUAAGGGUAAGGAGGAAGAUGAAGAGAAUGGGAAGGCCCCUCUACAGCUGGAUAUCACGCUCUCGUACGCGCCGCCCGCCCCGCAUCUCCGGCUCGAUAUGCCGCAUCCAGCAGGGCAAACAACAUCCCCGCAGGCCCUCUCAUCAGCGGGCCUCCUCUCCCAUCUCCUGGGCGAAACCACCGAAAUGGCAGACACGGAGGCGAUGGAAACGACGAUGCCAAAUGCAGACGCAGACGCAGAUCUCACAAUCACGCUCGACGUCCUGCCCAACGCCGAACUCAGCGUCGGCGCGCAGGGUAUUCAUCAUCAUCAUCGUCAUCACAAAGGCAAAGGCAAAGAGCGGAUCAAGAGGGAGCAACAGGAUGAUGCAGAUAUGUUGGACGGGACUGCCCAUGAGGAUGACGAUGACGACGACGACGACGAAUCGGCGAAGAGGAUCGCCAGGGCGUUGGACGUGUGCAUGGACAUUGGGGUUUGGGCCGAGUGGGUGAGGGCUGAAGUUGGGCGGGAGCGGUAA